CGCGACGCUACGUGAAUCUCUGGGAGUCCACACGGCUGUUCUUGGGAUACAUCAAAAUUAAUACUUUUCCUACCCUUGUCCCGCAGUUGCAGCUCCAACAGCGUAUAUUUCCGAGCUUCUAAUCUCAAUUUCGUACCUCGUCAGUCAGCUAAACACGUUCGGAAGAAGCUUCUACUCGGGAUUCCGGCGGAGUUUGAAUUUUUCACGUGUAGCGUCUGAAAAAGUCUCUUUGAAAAUGGAGCCUGAGCCUGGACAAGAAUCAGCGAAAUUUCUGCUGAACGCGUCUGCGCUGUAUAAGGACAAAUGCCCGGCGCUUUCACGGUUCCUUCUGCAGUCGUCUCUGAAUGCUAACGCCCCAGUGAAGUCUGACUUCUCCAGCCUGAUCCAGAACACCUUGAUUUGUCCGUACUGUGGUCAGUGGCUGCAGCCUGACAAUCACCGGAUGCGACUGUGUCCCAAAAGGCGUCCAUCAGCACGGGUGCAGAGUGUCCUGCUCAGGAAGGCCAGAGGCAAACGUCUCAACUUGGUGCAAAGAGAUGUGCUGCAACGUUUCCAAAAGUCCUGCUCGGUACUGAUGGCCACCUGCCAUGCUUGCAGUAAGACAUCCAGACACAAAGGAAUGAACAGGGAUUUUACAUCUACCCUCGCGAAGACCCACAGCACGCCUGGGAGCGUCGGCAAAUACAAGACACCUCAGUCAGCCGCUAGAUCCAACAUGACGACCCCCAAGACUCCAGGCAAAGACAAGACACCUGUUCAUACAUCUAGGUCAUCCACCUCUUCCAGCACUUCAGGGUCGAGCUCAGCUUCCUCCAAGACGCCCUCUAAAUCUAAAAAUUGGGUCGUCCAGCGUCUGAGCAAGAUUCUCAUGCGAGAGGACAACCAGAGCAGAAAGAAGGGGGGCUUGAAAGAUUUUCUGUCCGCCCUCUGAGUAUCUCUUUGUCUUUAAGAUUAUGCUUAAAAAAACAAGGGGAGUUUGACCCAUGUUGUAACCUGUUUACGCCAGAGGAUAAGGGGGGGAACUUAAGUAAAUAUCCUCAGGUUCCAAACCGGUGAAGGAAGGGUUACAGUUUGCCCACCAACACUGCUGUUGCUGGGCUGAUUGGAAUGGCACUCCUGGAAUCCUGAAUGUAACGACUGAGAGCACUGAGCUAUUAAUCACUUAGUGCAUCUUGUGCUGAGUCAGACAGAGAGGAUUGCUUCUGUUGUCUACUUUAAGACAUGCCUCUUGUGAUCUGGGAUGAUACUCAUAGUGGAAUGUUAUUUAUCAAAUUGCUGAAACAUCACAGGAAGCCCAGCUUUAGUGUUUGGCGGCAGUUGUGGCAUGACAGGCUGGUUUACAUGCCAAUAUCAUUCUGCAUUUUGGAUUUUUUUUUUUUCUAAAGUUACAAUCACACAUUCAUAUGAAAAAUAUAUUAUAACAAAUUGCUAUCAAUGUUAAAACUUUUGUAUUUGAAUUUAUUUACCCGCUUCAGUUUUUGGCCCUCUCCAUUGGGGAGAUGUCUGUAAAUUCAUUUGUUUUAGCAUAAGUUCAACAUGACAGAGUGGCAAAUGUAUAGAAGUUUUGCCACUGUUGGGAUUUUGUCUGUGCAUACAAAUGAUUUUGAAGCUGUGCAAGUCACCAAUGAAAAUGUUUUAGUUAUCAUUUAGGAUCAUCAGUUGCUGUUUACAUUGAGCAGGCUCAUCUGCCUACAAUCUGUACAUCAGUGUUGUCUAAACUUAACAUUUUCUUUUGAUACUUUCUUUGGCUGUGUAUUUUUGGAAAGCUUACUCUUUUCAUUGUUUUGUUAAGAGCAGGAAUAUUAAAUAUAUCUACUGCAUUUUGUACCGACAGACUCUGUUGUAGAUCAGCUGUUUAAUGAGCAGCAUGUGUUUAUAUCCUGAAAUACCUCACAUUUGUAUUCUACUACUGUGAUACUCUGAAUUAAAACCUUUCAAAUCUGUGAAACUCUUUGUCCUUAGUCACAUUUGUGUGCUUGAAAAUUUUUUAUAAUGCAGCAUCUGUGUUGGUUUAAUGUUCACUAAAAUGACAAUAAAUGGCUAUAACAUG